GAAGAGUCAACAUCAACUCCAGAUGAAGAGACAGAGCCACAGAACAGAGAUCAGAGGAAGAGAAGAGACAGAAGUCAUGUUGAAAGUAUGGACAGCUAUGAAAUGUCAGAAGGUCAGUGUGACUCUGAUGUUAGAAAAAUGAAACAAAAACCAUCUCCAAAAGAAAAGAGAUUUUCCUCUGUAAAAUCUGGUAAAAGAACAAAAAUUUCACAUAAUAUGUCCGUACACAUGAUAGCCAAAUCUGAUGAUAGAUCUUAUGUAUGUGAUGAGUGUGGUAAAAAUUUUAGUAAUAAAUCUGAGUUCAAAAUUCACUUGGGAAUCCAUAGAGGAGAAAAAAUAAUUUCUUGUAAAGAAUGUGACAAAAGUUUUACUAAAAUAUCUAGUCUUAAAAUACACAUGAGAACUCAUACAGGAGAGAGGCCUUUUUUGUGUGAAGUAUGUGACAAAAGUUUUAUCGUAAUGUCUCAUCUUAAAUCCCACAUGAGAACUCACACAGGAGAGAAGCCUUUUAUGUGUAAAGAAUGUGAAACACGUUUUAGUGAUAAAUCUACUCUCAAAAGACACAUGAGAUCUCACACAGGAGAGAAGCCUUUUUUGUGUAAAGAAUGUGAAACAAGUUUCUGUGAUUUAUCUAGUCUCAAAAGACAUGUGAGAUCUCACACAGGAGAAAAGCCUUUUUCGUGUAAAGAAUGUCAAGCAAGUUUUCGUGAUUUAUCUGGUCUCAAAAGACACAUAAAAACUCACACAGGAGAAAAGCCUUUUUCGUGUAAGGAAUGUGCAAAAGGUUUUGGUGCUGUGUCUGAUCUCAAAAGACACAUGACUACUCAUACAAGAGAGAAGCCUUAUUUGUGUAUAGACUGUAAUACAAGUUUUAGUCGAAUAUCUGAUCUCAAAUCACAUAUGAAGAAUCAUAUGGGAGAGAAGCCUUUUCCUUGCAAAGAAUGUGCAAAGGGUUUUAGAACCGUUUCUGGUCUCAAAAGACACACGAGAACUCAUACAGGAGAGAAGCCCUUUUCAUGUAAACAGUGUACAACAAGUUUUAGUCUUUUGUCUAGUCUCAGAAGACACAUGAGAACUCAUACAGGGGAGAAGCCUUUUUUGUGCAUAGAAUGUGAUAAAAGUUUUAGUCGAAUAUCCUAUCUCAAAUCACAUAUAGGGACUCACAUGCGAGAGAAGCCUUUUUUGUGUGAAGUAUGUGCAAAAAGUUUUAGCUGUGUAUCACAUCUCAAAACACACAUGAGAAUUCACACAGGAGAGAAGCUUUUUUUGUGCAAAGAAUGUGAAACAAGUUUUGGUAAUAUAUCUAGUCUCAAAAGACACAUGAGAACUCAUACUGGAGAGAAGCCUUUUAUGUGUGAAGUUUGUGAUAAAUGUUUCAGUAGUGUAUCUCAUAUCAAAGAGCACAUGAGAACUCACACCGGAGAUAAACCUUUUUCUUGUCAAGAAUGUGAAACAAGUUUUAGUCUUUUCUCUAGUCUCAAAAGACACAUGAGAACUCAUACAGGAGAGAAACCAUUUCUAGACAAAACAUGUAAUUAAGAAUUAAGUGAAAACAUAAAUAAAUAUGUUUAACUGCUAAUCUGCAAAUUCCCGAACAUUUGCCAAGGCCCCACUAAGCCUUCAAAUGGUGUCUCAGUCAGUGGAAUACAAUCACACUACUGUCUACUGACGAGCUGUUUGGAGAUUCUGCUUUUAUUUUUCAGCAAAACUUGGUUAAUUCUCACUCUACUAAAGAUAUCUAAAGCUGCUUAUUUUUAAACAUCUGUUUCUGUGUUAACCAGCAAAUUACAAUCUAUUUUAUCAUUUACAGUGCUUGGCAUAGAGUCCACCCCUAUACAUUUUUCAGGAAACCUUUAGUGUCCUUUCAGAAUCAACAUUUUCUAUGAGAUUCUUGAUCGUUUUAUGUUUUGGAGUUCACAAAUUGUUCGAUAAAACUAAUCCUUUUGGAAAGUUUGGAAAUGGCUCUUUUGUUCAUUGAGCUGCUGAUUAAAUACGUUUUUUUUUAAAGAGGGUAUACUCAAUUAUGCUGAGCACUGUAUAAGCCACUAUAAUCACAUUGCUCAAAAUAUGAUUCUAUACAUUGUGAGUUUUACCUUUGUGUUGAUUAACAAAAAUAUUUAACUUGAUCUCAAAAUGUUUUCUUUGACAUAUACUUGGAACUUGAAAUGUCUUGUUUAAAAUCAUGACAGUAAGAUUUGAUUUUUAAAAUUGCGUUGAUAAUGUUCUAUUUUUUGUUUGAUUUUUAUUAGUAUAUUUUUUAUUUGUAUUAUAGUUUUUUAAGGUUAAGGUAACCAUUGUGGUUGUAAAUUAUGCUUUGUCCAAGUCUGCGUGUUACCACUUUAUGUUGUAAGUAAACAUUUCAAUAUUGUUUAAUAAAUGUAAAAUAAUGGCAGUUUAUAUUUAUUUGAUUCAUGUUAGUAAAUAACAGUUUUAUGAAGAAAAGUUUUUCUUAAAAUUGUAUCAAAGAAGAGUUAGAUAAAGAGUCAAACUCGUGUUUGGGUUGUUGUGAUUCCUGUUUUCUAGUAGAGAUUAAAGUGUUUCUCUGUUCCUUUUAGUUCUCAGUGUUCUGUCUCAACCUUUCCUGAGAAGAAUAAAGUGGACGUGGACAUCA